AUACAGUACCGGUACGGUAUAAAUGCUGGCAAAAAAUGAUACAACGCCAACGGAAGAAUAGAUGCUUGGAAGCCUUGGUAAAUAAUUGAGAAAACUAGUUACACGUAGCCGUAGAAUUGUAAAUACCCUUUCUUGAGUGAAUGAGCUAUAUAUAUAGCUAGCUACGAAGUGAAAAAGUCGUCACAAAUCCACGUCCACUUGCUCAAAGUUUAUCGUCCUUAAAAAAAAUGUCGCUAUACCAUACAGCGCUAGCCGGCUACGUGGGUUCCACGCGUGCACGGGGAAAGAGACAAACGAAGCUAAUUAAAGCCUAAGCUACCCCUUUUCUUCUUAAGUCACUCGCUCGCACUGAUGUGGAUGGUUAUAAGAAGAUUCAGCAUCCUGAUACAGACCGGUCUAUAUGGUACCCGUCAUACCCUGUUCACAUUCCAAAGGCCACAGCUGAGUAGGAAUUACACAACGUGUAGAAUGUCUCAAGCCCCGUUAUCAUCACAGGUCAAUCCCACAACUGGAGCACUGGAGUGGGUGGUGGAGGAUGAGAGCUACGAUUAUCAUCAAGAGAUUGCUCGCUCAGCUUACACUGAUAUGCUCCAUGAUGAUGAGAGGAAUAAAAAAUACUAUGAGGGUAUCCGCCGUGCUAUAUCCAUCAUACGAGGGCGGGGCCAAAAGGUGAGGGUUCUGGAUAUUGGCACAGGGACAGGGCUUCUGGCAAUGAUGGCAGCAAAUUGUGGUGCAGAUUCGGUUUAUGCAUGUGAAGCAUUCCCACCCAUUGCAGAGGCAGCCAAGAAAAUCAUUGAUGUGAAUGGGUUUGCAGAUAAAAUCACUGUCAUCUCAAAACGUUCAACUGAAGUCACCGUCGGGCCAGAUGGUGACAUGCCAGUGAGAGCCAAUAUCCUUGCUACAGAAGUAUUUGAUACAGAGCUGAUUGGGGAAGGGGCUGUUCCGACAUAUCUACAUGCUCACAAAUGUCUCUUGACUGAUGACUGCAUAUGCGUUCCUCACAAAGCAGUAGUCAAAGCUCUUCUUGUCCAGUCUGAUUUCAUCUGGAGAUGGCACAAGCUCCAACCGAUUCAAAUCUCUGGCUGUGAAGGCAUUGUACCUCAUCCUGACAUGACAUCAUGCUCUGGGGCAGCAUCUGUCCAUGAUAUUCAGCUCAGUCAGGUGUCACCUGACCAGUUCCAGCCAAUCACAGAGCCUCUAAGUGUGAUCGAUUUCAAUUUCACCCAGGGGGAUUUUACUGGGAGUCGAACGAGGACUGUCAGCUGUGAAAGCUUGAUAUCGGGCAAGUGCCAAGGUGUAUUUAUGUGGUGGGAUCUUACUAUGGACACCGAAGGCGAGGUGUUACUAAGCACUGCUCCUACAUGGUGCCAUCAAGAUGGAUCUGAAGCACAAUGGAGGGAUCACUGGAUGCAAGCUGUUUACUUCUUAGAUCAACCUGUUCACGUCAACAAAGGUGAUACUGUUUCCUUGACAAUAACCCAUGAUGAUUACAGUCAAUGGUUUGAUGUACGCAGCGGAGAGGAGAAACCCUCAUCUCAUCAGACUAGACCAAUCUGUCGUUGUGGAGCUCAUGUCGUCUGGAGUCGACCAAGAUUCGGUAUGCUCAACGAUCAACACAGAACCAACAAGUUUGUCACAGCUAUGAGAAAGAUUAUCACCAAUGAUAGUGUGUGCCUUAGCAUUAGCGAUGGUUCCAUGUUGCCUCUGUUAGCUGCAAGAUUAGGAGCAAAGCAAGUUUACAGUAUUGAAUCUUCAUCGCUGUGUAGACGUGUCAUGGACAAGGUCAUUGAGGUCAACAGCCUGAUGUCAAAGGUCAAACUAUUAGACCAAAGAGCACAAGAUCUUUCAACAUCUGAUCUUGAUUGCAAUAAGGUCAGUGUACUCUUGGCUGAGCCUUUCUUCCUUACAAGUCUUUUGCCCUGGCACAAUCUCUACCUAUGGUAUGCUUGGUCUGCUCUGCGUCCUCUCCUCGCACCCGAUGUCAAACUACUGCCCUCUAGAGGUAAACUCAUGGGCAUUGCCAUUCAGUUUGAUGACCUUUGGAAGUUUCAUGCCCCUGUGAGGACUCUAGAAGGCUUUGAUGUCAGAAUUUUUGAUAAUAUAGUACAGAAGUCAUCUGAGUGCACUGAUGCGCCUACGGAACCUCAUCAUCUCUGGGAGUAUCCUGGUCGAUCUUUGACCCAACAGUUUGAACUCAUGACCUUUGACUUCUCAAAACCAAUUCCUGAAGGGAAGUCGGUAAGGAAUGGAGUCGUUGAUUUCUGCAGGGACGGUACCUGUCAUGGUAUUGCAUUGUGGAUGGAGUACGGCUUGGAUGACACAACAACCAUCUCGACUGGACUACAAGAGACGGUCGAAGGGUCUGGUGAGACUAGUAGUAGACUAGUCUGGGACAUGCACAGCAAGCAAGGUGUCCAUUUCCUCAAGGCUAACCCGGAAGUGAAAGAAGACGAGAGUUUGAACUUUGAGGUCACAUUCAAUACUUUGAGUGGAAAUCUUCAUUUUAACUUUGAAGUGAAUCAAAGAGAGAGAUGAUGGUCGAGUUUUUUCCCUGCCGUUGAUUUGAUAUUCAAAGGAAGGAUAUGAUUCCCACAUGCUUGCCUGUCAAAGACACAUACUAACGUGAUCUUCAUCGAAGGAGUCCCGUAAAAAUGACAUUUUUGAAGCCAAGAAAAUACAAGAAAAGCCAAGAAAAUUCUAAGGUAACCUUCGCAGAUCUGGGGCCGUAACACAAAGCUUUAAAAACAGUCAUCAGAGAAAUUGUUUCCCAAUUGAUUGCAUUGACUACAAAGUACAAUUAAUCCUGAAAUUCAAGAAUACUAUUAAUUGCUAACCUUUACUGUGCACUGACGAUAUCAAAUUUUUAAAUCUAUGAAACCUUGGCCUUUUUUUUUUUCAGUUUAGUAGUUUAGUGGCUCAACAUUAUUUAUACUCUACUGAGUGAGUCAGAAAAUUAUAUUUCAUAGUUAUAGAAAAAAAUGUGUCAUUAACACAUAAUUAUCACAUGUGUCCUGAGUAUCUUCCACUUAACAAUUUGAUACCAUGUUUAUGUGGUAUAUGUUUAUGCCUAGAUAAUCAAGAGGUUUUACUUUGCUCUGAUGCACAAUUUCAUUUGUGUCAAAGUAUGGCAUGACUGAAAUGAAUGAAUGGCCAAGGUUCCAGAGUCUCUUUAAAUUAUAAUGGUUGGAAAAACUUGAAUUGGCAAAUAGUUAAAUCAAGCAAAUGAUUGCACGUACAAGCAUAUGUAAUUACAACUCGCCUGAUACAGCAUGACAUCAUAGAAUUCAGGCCAGUGAGAAGCACUCUUAAGCCCAUUUCUAAACCUGCUUAUAAGAUUGGAGUUUUUCUCAAGCAAAAUACUUGGCUGGCAAGCAGUGGAAAUGCACAAGUUGCAUGUUGUGCUUAGAAGCUUAGAUUGGUCUACGAUUUGCCCAUCUUACUUUUUGCUUCGUAUGGGGUCUUUAAAAGAAAUAUCGAGUUCAUUAGGACCUAUUGUAUUGAAAUUACGCAUUUACAUGUUCAUAUUAUGAUGAAUAGAUGCUUGAGGUGAGGCUAUGUUAAAAAUAUUGCAAAAAGCAAUACAAUUGGAGAAAUGGCCUAAAGAAGACCAAAUAGAUCAUACUAGACUAAUUAAAUACAUUCCUACUUUAUUAUAUUUGAUUCGUCCAGAUCAUGAUAGUUUAUAAACAGCUUGGGUAUUUUGUGCAUACGGCACCUUGAUGUAGCUUGAUUUUCACAACUUUUGCUCAAUCUCCCGAAGACGAGAAGAACACACUUAUCAAAACGUCGAGUUUGGGUGGUCCUAUUCAGGUCCAACACAUGCCCAUGGAAGAAUACAUGGUGUACCGUGAAACCACUACACUGUUUUCUGUACAUUUCGAAUAAACCUGCAAGAUAAGUUUUAUAUUACAUAGCAAAUUAUUCAUUCAUUGUGUGUUUUCAGACAAUAGCACAUCUAUCAACUCUUCAUACAACCUAUUUGUGUUGGCUUAGGGUGGCUUUGAAAAAGUGAUUCUAAAAAGAGUCAUAUGUACUGACAUUUGAGCAUUACAGGUGCUGAAGAUUUUGUAUGUUUAGUAGAUUGUUAUUUUAGUCAGUCUUGCCCACAUGCAAUCUAUGCACAUUCUCCUCUCCCUGGGGAGUAUUCCAGCCAUGCAUGGGUGUGAGGUGCUCUUAUUGCAGGCCAAAUCCAAUAUAUUCACAUUCUACUCAGUUGUACAACAUUGACUGAAUUUGUUGGAAUGCAGAGACUCCCAACAUGUAUAGGACUGGAAGACUUGUGUUUUUCUGGAAUGGGAGAGAUGUUGGCGUAAAAUUCCAAGCCGUCGUGGACUGUAUUAAAAACCUUCUGCUUGUAGCAUUUUUCUAAAGAAA